GAAUCUUAGAUGUUGAUAAAAAUGGAAAAAUGAAAGGAAAUUUAAAAUUUUGUUUGAAUGAAUUAGGAUGUAUAAAUAUGAUUAUUUAAAUUAGAGCUUAUUUCAGAUGGCUAGAUUUAUAAAGGAAAGUUGAAAAUAUCUUUAAAUUAAGAAUAUCUUCUAUCGUAUUCAUCAUAUGAUAGAAUACUAUAUUUCAUUAAUGGAAAUAUUUAAGUAUAUAUUAUUUUAUUGGAAAGGAAUAUUUGGAUUUGA